AGUUGAAAUAAAAAAAUGUGGCAAUGUUUACCGUCACAAUUCGUGUCGGAAGUUGGAUUUUCGGACUUUCGGUAUCGGUAUUCACAUCAGUAGCAAACUUAGCAGCUGAUCAGCGAAAAUGGCGCUGUACGCGAAGGUUACCGUUCUUAAGAAAUCAUGGAUAGUUGCCUGUGAAAUGCAAGCUCGUUGUUUUCACAUCAGCCCCUUGGCUUUGGCAGCCCAAAAGGUAGCCAUGAGCAAACUGGAUGCUUCAAGUUACCUUCCACAUGCUCAACUACAAGAAAAGCUGGAAAUAGUUAAAAAUCGUCUUAAGAGACCUAUGACUCUUUCUGAGAAAAUCUUGUAUUCCCAUCUUGAUGAUCCAUCAAAUCAAGAAAUUGUCCGUGGUCAAAGCUACCUACGCCUCAGGCCAGACCGGGUUGCAAUGCAGGAUGCUACAGCCCAAAUGGCCAUGUUGCAAUUUAUUUCAUCUGGCUUACCCCGUGUUGCAGUCCCAUCCACCAUUCACUGUGACCAUUUGAUUGAGGCACAGGUUGGCGGAGCUCAAGAUUUGGCGCGUGCUGUUGAUAUCAACAAAGAAGUGUACAAUUUUCUUAGCACAUCCGGUGCUAAAUAUGGCGUUGGUUUCUGGAAGCCUGGAUCUGGCAUCAUUCACCAAAUUAUUUUAGAGAACUACGCUUUUCCUGGUUUACUUAUGAUCGGCACUGAUUCUCAUACUCCUAAUGGAGGUGGCUUGGGAGGCCUAUGCAUUGGUGUCGGUGGCGCUGAUGCCGUCGAUGUUAUGGCAAACAUUCCCUGGGAGCUGAAGUGCCCUAAGGUAAUUGGAGUUAAACUAACGGGAAAACUACAAGGUUGGACUUCUCCUAAAGAUGUUAUUCUUAAAGUUGCAGGAAUCCUUACAGUCAAAGGUGGUACCGGUGCAAUUGUGGAAUACUUCGGUCCAGGAGUUGACUCCAUUUCCUGUACUGGAAUGGCUACUAUUUGUAACAUGGGUGCAGAAAUCGGAGCCACCACAUCUGUUUUCCCAUACAAUCAUCGUAUGCGUGAUUAUCUUGUUGCCACUGAACGAAAGGCAAUUGCAGAUGAGAUUGAUCCAUACGGAAAUGAUUUGCUGCGCGCUGAUGAAGAUGCACCUUAUGAUCAGGUCAUUGAGCUUAAUUUGUCUGAACUUGAGCCACACGUAAAUGGACCGUUCACCCCCGACUUGGCGAAUCCGAUUUCGAAAUUGGGCGAAGAAGCCAAGAAGAAUAACUGGCCACUUGAUGUCAAGGUAUCUCUGAUUGGCAGCUGCACCAAUUCGAGCUACGAGGAUAUGGGCAGAUGCGCAAGUAUUGCGCGGGAGGCUCUCAAGCACGGAUUAAAGGCAAAAUCCGCCUUUAAUAUUACUCCGGGAUCUGAACAGAUCCGUGCCACAAUCGAGCGUGAUGGCAUCGCUGAGACGCUACGACAAUUUGGUGGUAUUGUACUUGCCAACGCCUGCGGCCCCUGCAUUGGCCAGUGGGACCGCAAAGACGUCAAAAAGGGCGAAAAGAAUACAAUUGUCACAUCAUACAAUCGCAACUUUACGGCCCGUAAUGAUGCCAACCCCGCAACGCAUGCCUUUGUUACGUCACCCGAACUAACAACGGCACUGGCACUUGCUGGUACCUUGGAUUUUGACCCAAGGACUUCAAAACUCAAAGGCGCUAACGGAGAAGAAUUUUUACUGAGUAAUCCGUACGCUGAUGAGUUGCCUGCACGCGGUUUCGAUCCUGGCCAGGAAACCUAUCAAGCCCCCGGAGAUCCUACUCUAGUUAAAGUUGAUGUAGACCCUAAGUCACAGCGUCUUCAACUGUUGGAACCAUUUCCAAAAUGGGAUGGCAAAGACCUAGAAAAAAUGGUAGUGCUGAUCAAAGUAAAGGGCAAAUGUACUACAGAUCAUAUCUCAGCCGCUGGUCCGUGGCUGAAGUAUCGUGGACAUCUGGACAAUAUUUCCAAUAACAUGCUCAUCACUGCUAUCAAUUCAGAAAACGGAGAAAUGAACAAAGUGAGAAACCAAUUAACAAACGAAUUUGGCGCUGUACCCGAAACAGCUCGUUUUUACAAGUCUAAAGGAGUUAACUGGGUCGUGGUUGGUGACGAUAACUACGGCGAAGGAUCUAGUCGGGAACAUGCCGCUCUAGAGCCUCGUCAUUUAGGCGGCAGGGCCAUUAUUGUAAAAUCUUUUGCACGUAUUCAUGAAACUAAUCUCAAGAAGCAAGGAAUGCUCCCACUUACGUUCGCUGAUCCUGCUGAUUAUGAACGUAUUCAACCGUCGGAUCGUCUUUCGCUUGUUGGACUUGCCGAAUUGACACCAGGAAAGCAAGUUAAAUGCCAGAUUCACCAUGCCAAUGGGUCAUCAGAAACCAUUUACCUUAACCAAAGCAUGAAUCAACAACAGAUCGAAUGGUUUAAAGCAGGCAGUGCUCUAAAUAGAAUGAAGGAAGUAGCUGCUAGCAAGUAGAUUGUAAGCUGGACUUUUCUCCUAGUGACAAUGUUUAACUACGAUGGUAAAGCUGCGUUUAUUGUAUGUAAUUUAAAAUAGUCUGGCAAAUAGAAAACAAUUUAUACCAUA